CCCCUCUGCAUCACUUCCGGGGUAGCUCGGGACGCGACGGAAGCGGCGAAGGCGCUUGGUCACGACUGCCCCAGCAAGAGGCACCGCUGUUUCCCGAAGACUUCCCGCUUUCCUGCAGUUCCUCUGAGCCGCCCGGGCCACGCCACGCCGGAGCCAUGAUCACCUCUGCCGCUGGGAUUAUUUCACUUCUGGAUGAGGAAGAGCCAGAACUCAAGGAAUUUGCUCUUCACAAACUGAAUGCUGUUGUCAAUGACUUCUGGGCAGAGAUUUCUGAGUCGGUGGACAAGAUUGAAAUCCUGUAUGAAGAUGUGGGCUUCCGGAGUCGUGAAUUUGCUGCUUUGGUGGCUUCAAAGGUGUUUUAUCACCUGGGAGCCUUUGAAGAAUCCCUAAACUAUGCCUUGGGAGCUGGCAAUCUCUUCAAUGUCAAUGACAAUUCAGAAUAUGUGGAGACGAUCAUUGCAAAGUGCAUUGACCACUACACCAAGCAGUGUGUGGAAAAUUCUGAGCUGGCUGAGGGAUCAAAGAAGGCAGUGGAUCCACGCCUGGAAGGGAUUGUGAACAAAAUGUUCCAGCGGUGUUUAGAUGAUCACAAGUACAAGCAAGCCAUUGGAAUUGCGUUGGAAACACGCAGGCUGGAUAUCUUUGAGAAAACUGUUUUGGAAUCGAAUGAUGUUCCUGGGAUGCUGGCCUACAGCUUAAAGCUUUGCAUGUCUUUGAUGCAAAACAAGCAGUUCCGUAACCAGGUGCUGAGAGUUCUGGUCAAAAUCUACAUGAACCUUGAAAAACCUGACUUUAUCAAUGUGUGCCAGUGCCUCAUUUUCUUGGAUGACCCACAGGCUGUGAGUGACAUUUUGGAGAAGCUGGUGAAAGAGGACAAUCUCCUCAUGGCUUACCAGAUCUGUUUUGACUUGUACGAAAGUGCCAGCCAGCAGUUCCUCUCUUCCGUGAUUCAGAACCUCCGCACGGUUGGGACCCCUAUUGCUUCUGUGCCUGGAUCAACCAACACAGGGACUGUCCCUGGGUCAGAGAAAGACGGUGAUACCAUGGAGACAGAAGAAAAGGCAAGCAGUCCAGCCAGUGCAGUGAAGUCUGCCCAAACUAAUCCUGAAUCAAAAGACCAGAUCCCCAAAAUGAUUAAAAUUUUAAGUGGUGAAAUGGCCAUUGAAUUACACCUGCAGUUUUUAAUACGAAACAACAACACAGACCUCAUGAUUCUAAAAAAUACAAAGGAUGCAGUGAGGAAUUCUGUCUGCCACACAGCAACGGUUAUAGCAAACUCCUUUAUGCACUGUGGAACAACCAGUGACCAGUUCCUUAGAGAUAAUUUGGAGUGGCUUGCCAGAGCUACCAACUGGGCAAAGUUUACUGCUACAGCCAGCCUUGGUGUCAUACACAAGGGCCAUGAGAAGGAAGCUCUUCAGUUAAUGGCAACUUACCUGCCCAAAGAUACAUCUCCAGGGUCAGCCUAUCAGGAAGGUGGUGGACUGUAUGCGCUUGGACUCAUCCAUGCAAAUCAUGGAGGCGACAUCAUAGACUACCUGCUGAACCAGCUGAAGAAUGCCAGCAACGAUAUUGUCAGACAUGGAGGUAGCCUUGGGCUUGGGUUGGCCGCCAUGGGAACUGCACGCCAGGAUGUCUAUGACCUCCUGAAAACAAACUUGUAUCAGGACGAUGCAGUGACAGGUGAGGCAGCUGGCCUGGCUCUAGGGCUGGUGAUGCUGGGAUCUAAAAAUGCCCAGGCCAUUGAGGACAUGGUGGGCUAUGCCCAAGAAACCCAGCAUGAGAAGAUAUUGCGGGGCCUGGCUGUUGGAAUUGCCUUGGUGAUGUACGGAAGAAUGGAGGAGGCCGAUGCCCUCAUUGAGAGUCUCUGCAGGGAUAAGGAUCCAAUCCUCCGUCGUUCAGGGAUGUAUACUGUUGCAAUGGCAUACUGUGGCUCUGGAAACAACAAGGCAAUCAGACGCCUGUUGCAUGUGGCUGUGAGUGAUGUCAAUGACGAUGUGAGACGGGCAGCAGUGGAGUCGCUGGGAUUCAUUUUGUUCAGGACUCCUGAACAAUGUCCAAGUGUCGUUUCCUUGUUAUCAGAAAGUUAUAACCCCCAUGUCCGUUAUGGGGCAGCCAUGGCCCUGGGCAUCUGCUGUGCUGGAACAGGAAACAAGGAAGCAAUUAAUUUGCUGGAGCCAAUGACAAAUGAUCCCGUGAACUAUGUGCGUCAAGGCGCUCUGAUUGCAUCUGCCCUUAUCAUGAUACAGCAGACAGAGAUCCUCUGUCCAAAGGUCAGCCAAUUCAGACAGCUCUAUUCCAAAGUCAUCAAUGAUAAACACGAUGAUGUGAUGGCCAAGUUUGGAGCGAUCCUGGCCCAAGGCAUAUUGGAUGCAGGUGGGCACAACGUCACUAUUUCUCUGCAGUCGAGGACUGGGCACACACACAUGCCUUCAGUGGUUGGAGUUCUGGUCUUCACCCAGUUCUGGUUCUGGUUCCCUCUCUCCCACUUCUUGUCGCUGGCUUUCACCCCAACCUGCGUCAUUGGCCUUAACAAGGACCUCAAGAUGCCAAAAGUGCAGUACAGAUCCAACGUCAAACCCUCCACCUUUGCCUACCCAGCUCCUUUGGAGGUGCCGAAGGAGAAGGAGAAAGAAAAGGUUUCUACUGCUGUGCUGUCCAUCACUGCAAAGGCCAAGAAGAAGGAGAAAGAGAAGGAGAAAGAGAAAAAGGAGGAGGAGAAGAUGGAAGUGGACGAAACUGAGAAGAAGGAAGAGAAGGAGAAAAAGAAAGAGCCCGAGCCGUCCUUCCAGCUUCUCGACAACCCGGCCCGGGUGAUGCCUGCCCAGCUCAAGGUCCUCACCAUGCCAGAGAGCUGCCGAUACCACCCGUUCAAGACCCUUUCCAUUGGUGGCAUCAUGGUCUUGAAAGACACCAGCGAGGACACCGAGGAGCUGGUGGAACCUGUGGCAGCUCACGGGCCAAAGAUCGAGGAGGAGGAACAGGAGCCCGAGCCCCCUGAGCCUUUUGAGUACAUUGACGAUUAGGGCCGGCAGGGCCAUGGCCCCCGCAGGCAGCUUGGCUUGACGUCUGAUGGCGGAAACCUGCCAGAAGGGAGUCCCUGCUGCAGCCCAGUGCAUGUGCUUGCUGACUGGCAGCCGGCAGGCCACGUUUUAUGGUCGACCAAGAGAGAACGAACAAUAUAUGCUCUUUCAUGUACUCUUUCACAGGCAACUGGUUUUCAAAAUAAAUAAAUUAAAAUCUCCAGAUGGCAA